AUGAAGUUCCCUUUGUUUGUGGGCUGUGGUAUAAUCUCCAUUGCAGCACUAGCCACAAGCUUCAUGUUUGACCCAACACUGGAUGAAGCUUGGCUGAGCUGGAAAUCAUUUCACAAGAAGCAGUACAAUGAGAGGAAUGCAAAUUACAGAAGAAUGGUCUGGGAGGACAACAUGAAAUAUAUCGCAAACCAUAAUCUGGAGCACUCAUUGGGAAAGCACACCUUUACCAUUGGGAUGAAUCAGUUUGGAGAUCUGACUGCUGAGGAAUUUAAACAGUAUUUGAAUAAAUUCAGCAAAAAGGAAUCUGGGAACUUUACAUUCAAAGUGUUUACAGCAAACAAGAAUGUUGAACUGCCUCUGGCUGUUGACUGGCGUCCUAAAGGUUAUGUUACUCCAGUGAAGGACCAGGGGCAGUGUGGGUCGUGCUGGGCUUUCAGUACUACUGGAGUACUUGAAGGGCAAGUUUUCAAUAAAACAGGAAAGCUCAUUUCCCUGAGUGAGCAGUACCUGAUGGAUUGUACCCGAUCUGUGGGAAACAGAGGCUGCAAUGGUGGAUGUAAAGUGCAGGCCCUCCUAUUUAUUAAAGAAAAUGGUAUUAAUUCAGAAGAAUCUUACCCCUACACAGCAAAGGAUGGGGAUUGUAAAUCCAAUAGAGAUGAUAUUGUUGCCACUUGCAAAGGUGUCACAAUUAUUCCAAAAAAUUCUGAAGCAGAUUUAGCUGCAGCAGUGGCCACAGUUGGACCAAUAUCUGUUUCUAUAGAUGCCGAGCAUAGAUCCUUCAUGUUAUACAAAUCAGGUAUAUUUUAUGAGCCCCGUUGCAGCUCUGUCAAUCUUGACCAUGAAGUGUUGGCAGUUGGAUAUGGGACUAAAAAUCAGAAGUCAUAUUGGAUUGUUAAAAACAGCUGGGGAGCAAAUUGGGGCAAUGAAGGAUAUGUUCACAUGGCUAAGGAUAUGGAUAACAACUGUGGAAUUGCUACAAGUGCCGUUUAUCCUGAGGUGUGA